AUGUUGGUUGAAUGUAGAUUUUGUUUGGAAGAAUUGGAAGUUGAAGAAGGGGAUCAACAGCAACAUCAACAACAACAACAGACAUCAUUGGACGACGUAGACCAACCAUUGGAAAAGGUUUCAUCAUCAUCAUCAACACAAUGUCAAUAUAUGGAAUUUACACCAAUUCGUGUCUAUAACUUGUCACCUUCGCAACUCCAUUAUUGCGUGGUCAAGUUGCAGCGUCGUGGUGUACUCAAAAACCUGCCACCCAUUUAUUCGCACAAUGAUUUUUCCAGAAGUAGCUAUUUCGUAUUGCUUAUCAUCAUGGGUACAUUGUCCAUGUUGAUGUUACCAUCAACUCUACCAACUCAGCAGUUGUUACAACCUCAACAACACUAUAUUUUGCAAUCACCUCAUCAUCAUCAUCAUAAAAGUAUAGUUACUACUACUACGACCAUGACUACUACCUCUACUACUGCUGGUGAGGUAGGUGGAAUAGGAGGAGGAAUAGGAGGAGGAGGAGGAGGAAUGUCAGUACUCUCAAUCAGUACUCAACACCACCAUCAUCCCCAUAUACUCUCAUUUGACAAUCACUCUUAUAGUCAUCGAAACAGUCUCUUGUCUACCAUUUUAAAGGCUCCCAAUCAUUUAAUCCAAGAUCUUUUUUCAAGUUUACCAUUCAAGAUUUUAAAUAAUAAUUUAAAAUUAACCUUGGAUCAUUUUUCAAUUGACAAUCAAAAUAAUCAAAAUCAAAAUCAAAAUAAUAAUAAUAUAGAACAUAAUAAUAUAGUUUAUCCAUCAACUAGUACAACUACAACUAUAACCAAUCAAUUGGAAUAUGAAAUGAAAACAAAUAUUCAAUGUCAAAUUGAUAAUAAUGGAAUUGGUGUUUUAUCAAAAUAUCAUCCUUUAAAUUGUUUUAAAGAUAAACAUCAAAAUAAUCAAAAUAAUCAAAAUAAUAAUAAUGGAUUAUUCAAAGUUGAAAAAGAGAAAAAUCAAUUUAAAUUUAAUAAUAAUCAAAAUAAUCAAAAUAAUAAUAUUCCAUAUAUAUUAAAUUUGGAUCAUUAUAAUAUUCCAUCAAAUAUGAACAAAUCUAAAAAUGGUCUUUCAAUGACAACAACAACGACAACAAAGACAACAACAACCCAUCAUCAUCAUCAUUUAUUAGAAUCUGUACCCAUUUCAACAAAUCAAUCACCUCUAAUUGAUUUGUUUUGCAAUAUUAUACAAAUAUGUUAA